UAUCCUUAUACAAAAAUGUAUGACCAAAGAUCCGAUUAAAUACGUAUGACGUAUGUCUAUUUAAUUUAAUUUCUACCAAAUGGACCGGUGGGGACAAGGGUUCCGCUAUAUAAAAAGUUUGAGAAACGAUGUACUGGACGGACGUAAAAAGGAUCUAGGGAUAUUGAACAAAUGAGUGGUGGAAGUGUGGGUAGAUAGGGAUGUAUGAUGUAAUUUAUAGUUAUCAUCAUCAAGUGCAGUGCUGUGUAGCGUAGGAGGUCAUGUCCCUCCACCCUUCCCGGUCCCAGACAUUUGAGAUUACAUCAGUCACCCUCUCUUUGUGUAACCAAAUUGUUAAACUGUCCACUCGCUGUCAAACCUCAACUUUUUUUCCCCACAAAUUUUCCAGUUGUCAUCAAGUGUUCCAUCCCUCAUCACAUGACCAAAGAAUGCUGCUUGUCUUUUUCGCACUUUUGUUACCAAUGUUUUCUUUUUGUUUCUGCUUGUCGUAGAACAUCAUCAUAUAUUUUCCAGUCUUUUUAGGAAACUCUAAGCAUUCUACGCAGGAACCAUAUUUCGGUUACAUUGAGUGAUUUUUCAUUUUGUUUGCUUAUUGUCCAGGAUUCGCAACUGUAAAUCAAGAUUGGUGCGAUGUAGCAGCAAAGAACUCUUUUGCGCACUUUCAUUGAUAUAUUUUUGUUAGUCAAUACAUUUUCCAUCUUCAUAAAAGUUGUCUUAUCCUCUGCAGUUUUGCUCUUGACCUCAUUUUGACAUCCGCCAUCUGAUGUAAUCCAUGUCCCUAAGCAUUUGAACUUGUAGAUUUGAUUUAGAAGGGUCCCAUUUAAUGAUAAAGUGCAAUUUGGAUUGUUUUUUUUCUUUGAUAUAACCAUGGUUUCUGUUUUCUUGGUGUUUUGGCUGAGUCCCAUAUUUCCGCUUUCUUUAUUUACAAUGUCAAGUAAGGACUAAAGAUCUUUUUUCGUUCCUGCUAUUAACACUGUGUCAUCAGCAUAUCUGAUAUUGUUUACAUUGUUGCCUCCAAUACUUAUGCCUGGCAUGUCUUCUAUAUCUCUCAUGAUCAUUUCACUGGACAAAGAGAAGAGAUCAGGGCAUAUCACAGAUCCUUGACGGACUCCUCUUUUUAUCUUCUGAAAUUGGCCGUGCUCAUUCUCAACUCUGAUGACUGUUGCUUGUUCACAAUAUAUAUUUUUGAUGGUAAUUUAUAGUACCUUUUCAAAAAAGUUAAUUAUAAAAAAUACUAUCUGCUUUGAAUAGUAAUAGUAUUAAUGGUACUAUGCAGACUAUAUCCGGUUAUUUUUAAACAGGUUGCUUAAGGAUAAUAUUGUGUAAAACUUGUUUAUCAACGAUACACAUUUUUGGGUAUAUUGUUUAUGAUGAUCGAUGUUAUCUCUUUGCCAUUUAAAGUUAUUCAAGUUGAAAUUAUUAAUAUAUAUAAUCUUAUACUUGCCCUCCCCACACCUAGCUGCCAAUAUUAAGGUGGGCCGCUCCCGAUCGAUGAAACUUGCUCUGUCCGUGUGCCUGCAUCAUGACUGGCAGUGUGAUCCCUCACUCUGCCACAGAUACCUCAAAUAAACUUUCUCAUUGCUGCUUGUGACCAAUUCUGUUCAGCUCAAGUGUCCUUCUCUUACAGGGCUACAAGUUCAGUUGACGUUCUUCAGUAAAAAAGUGCAUGAAAUUAUCGCUCAUCCUAAACGUGACUAGAUCAACUUCUGUUCUGUGGAAACAGUCGAUUCAGGGAUACAACACAGUUAACCUUUCGUGUGUCAAAAGAUGUGCGCAGUUAUUCUAAAAAUAGGCUACUCCUUAAGAGUUCGAAGCUCCUAUAUACCAAGCUAAAAUUCAGAUACGACAAAAGUGAAAAUAGCUCUUUAUUAUUAUGCAGUAAGACCGUAGACGUUAUCGGUUAACUUCAGCGAAACGAGAGUUUAAGAGACUGUUGUUUGGAAUACGUCACUCAUCUUUCUCUCCUUUGAGGUCCAAGAUCAUUCAUGAGAGUGAAGAGCUUACUGUUAACCGGUCCUUUCAGAUACCGUAAUAUGGCGGAUGUCGCUAGUGAAUGACGUCAGCGGGUUGGUGCAGCGCAUGAAUUAAUAACGGUAUAUCUAUUGUUUAUGGCGGGUUGGUGUUGGUUUUGUAAACGUUUACACAAUACUUUUACGGAUCUUACGAUGAUAUGCUGUACGUUUUUUACUGUGAUUCUUUUCCUAUCAAAAGGUCGUGGCUCUGUCUUCCCCCCAUUCUGAGGCUCUCUAGCUCGUGCCGACAUGAGCUCCGCUGGGUCGGAUGAUCAGUCAGAUGAGGAGCUGCCUAUAUUCCGUCCCUUCACCAGGGAGUCCUUGGCGGCCAUUGAAACCCGUAUUGCGGAGGAGAUCGCCAGGAAGAAGGAGAUAGCUCAGAGAGCGGAGGAGGGAGUAACGGGUGCAGCGGCAGGUGGCUUAGUGGACACCGAAAUAUAUAGUUCAGCUCACGCGGAGGAGAUUCUAAAACCUGAUCCUAUGCUUGAAGCUGCUAUGCCCUUGCCAAAGUCACUGCAUUCAGAACUACCCCUACAACUGAUUGCCACUCCUAUCGAAGACAUUGAUCCUUACUACGAAAACAAAAUGACGUUUGUUGUGAUCAGUAAAGGUAAAGAUAUCUUCCGGUUCAGUGCCACAAACGCCCUCUGGAUCCUGAGUCCUUUCAAUCCCAUCCGUCGUAUCGCCAUCUAUGUUCUCGUCCAUCCUUUAUUUAGUUUUUUGGUCAUCGUCACCAUCCUCGUUAACUGUGUUCUCAUGACCCUGCCCUCUAAUGAAAAAAUAGAACAGUCUGAAGUCAUCUUCACCUCAAUCUACACCGUUGAAUCCGUUGUAAAAGUGACUGCUCGCGGUUUUAUACUUGAACGAUUUACAUAUCUUCGAGAUCCCUGGAACUGGUUGGAUUUCAUCGUGAUAACUUUAGCGUAUGUGACAAUGGGGGUGGACUUAGGGAAUCUGAGCGCCCUCAGGACAUUUCGUGUCCUUAGAGCCUUAAAAACAGUAGCAAUUGUUCCAGGUCUAAAGACCAUUGUUGGUGCAGUGAUAGAGUCAGUGAAAAACCUCAAGGAUGUCAUCAUUCUAACAGUCUUCUCAUUAUCUAUUUUUGCCUUAUUGGGUUUACAAAUAUAUAUGGGUGUACUAACUCAAAAGUGUGUUGAAAUUCCACCUGCAAACCUAUCUCAUGCAGAAUAUGUAAAAUUUGUAAAUAAUGAAACUUAUUGGUAUGAAGAAAAUGAAAAUUUUCCACUGUGUGGAAACAGUAGUGGUGCAAAAAUCUGCCCAGAAGGAUACGUAUGUCUUCAAGGUAUAGGGGAUAAUCCCAACUAUGGUUACACAAAUUUUGACAAUUUUGGGUGGGCCCUUUUAUCAGCUUUUAGACUCAUGACACAAGACUGCUGGGAGGCUCUAUACCAAAUGGUGCUAAAAUCUGCAGGUCCUUGGCACAUGCUCUUCUUUGUAUUCAUUAUUUUCCUUGGGUCAUUUUAUUUGGUCAACCUUAUCCUAGCUAUUGUGGCCAUGUCCUAUGAUGAUCUUCAGAAGGCAGAAGAAAAAGAAGCAGCAGCUGAAGAAGCUGCAAUAGCUGCAGAAGAGGCAGCAAGACUAGUAGAGGAAGAAGGAGAGAAUGAAGACAAAGCAGAAGGAACAGUUGUUAAAAGUCCAUCAGAGUUUUCUUGUAGGUCUUAUGAACUUUAUGUGGGACAGGAUAAAACAACUGAAGAAAAAGAUAUGAAAGAAAGAGCUAGUAUUAAAAGUGCUGAUGGUCAUAGUGUUAGUGAACAAAAAUAUCGAUUGAAUGGCAGGACUAGUAGGGCAAGUCUCAGUCUUCCUGGCUCACCAUUUCAUCUGCGUAGGGGAAGCAGAGGAAGCCAGUUCAGUUGGCGCAAUGGUGUUCAUCGUUAUGGAGACAAGAAACCUUUAGUGCUUCAGACAUACAUGGAUGCACAAGAACAUCUCCCUUAUGCAGAUGACAGUAAUGCUGUUACACCCAUGUCUGAGGAAAAUGGUGCCAUGAUUAUUCCUAUGUACCCCAACCUGAACUCUAGACAUUCCAGCUAUACAUCUCACUCAUCACGCUUGUCCUAUACUUCCCAUGGGGAUGUUUUUGCCAAGGGUUUUACAAAGGAGAGUCAGCUCAGAUCUCGCUCAAGAAAUCUCCAAGGCCCUUAUUAUGAGGACACUCCAGCGGAAAGUGAAAACUGCUUCUCCAAAAGUAACCAUCAAGAAAAUCCAUUUGUUGAACCCACUCAGCAACAAACUGUGGUAGAUAUGAAGGAUGUGAUGGUUCUGAAUGACAUCAUAGAACAAGCAGCAGGAAAUCAGAGUAAUGCUAAUGAAAGAGUAUCUAUCUAUUAUUUUCCUACAGAGAAAGAGGAGCAGGAGAAGAUAAAGCUCAAAGACCGGUGCUUGGCACAGUGCUUGAAAUGUGUUGACCUCUUCUGUGUUUGGGACUGUUGCUGGUGUUGGAUCCGCUUUCAAGAGUUUGUCUCACUCCUUGUCUUCGAUCCCUUCAUGGAGCUGUUUAUUACAUUAUGUAUUAUAGUCAACACCCUCUUCAUGGCAAUGGAUCAUAACAAUAUGGAUAAAGAAUUUGAAAACGUCUUAAAAAAGGGAAAUUAUUUCUUCACUGCAACCUUUGCUAUUGAAGCUGGUUUGAAACUUAUAGCUCUUAGUCCAAAAACAUACUUCAGAGAGGGUUGGAACAUCUUUGAUUUCAUCAUUGUUGCUCUGUCCCUGUUAGAAUUGACUCUAGAGAAUAUACAAGGGUUAUCUGUGCUCAGAUCUUUUCGACUGCUUCGAGUUUUCAAACUAGCUAAGUCCUGGCCAACAUUGAACCUGUUGAUAUCAAUCAUGGGAAAGACAGUAGGAGCUUUAGGAAAUUUGACCUUUGUCCUUGGAAUCAUCAUCUUUAUAUUUGCUGUUAUGGGAAUGCAGCUGUUUGGGAAGAAUUAUGAUCUAAAAAAACACCUGUUUCCUAAUCAGGAAGUCCCUCGCUGGAACUUCCGAGACUUCAUGCACUCCUUCAUGAUCGUCUUCAGAGUAUUAUGUGGAGAGUGGAUUGAAUCCAUGUGGGAUUGUAUCCUGGUUUCAGGCUGGCCUUGUAUUCCUUUCUUUUUGGCAACUGUUGUUAUUGGCAACCUUGUGGUUCUCAAUCUCUUCCUGGCUUUGUUGCUUUCCUCUUUUGGAGCCUCAAACCUCUCUCAACCAACUUCAGAGAGUGCAGACACCAAAAAGCUACAGGAAGCUAUUGAUAGAUUUCAUAGAGCAUCAGCAUGGAUAAAGAGCAAAAUGUUAACUGUUCUAAAGCUCUUAAGACCGAAAGUAAAUAAUCAAAUUGCAGACCACACAACAAAUAUUCAAGAAGAGAGAGAAGAAAGUUUUCCUAUAGAAGGGCUGUUGAUUGAUGGCCAAGUUCUCAUGAAGGACAACAAAUAUCCAAGUGAGCAUACAGAAAUGGAUAUUAUAGUUGGAGAUGGUUUGGAUGUCACAGUUCGGGAAGAUGGCCAGGCAGUUAAACUUAGGAUGAAUAGCAAACCUAUGGUGAACUCUGUGCCUGUUGGCUCAAAGAUAGACAUCUUAAAUAACAAAAUAGUGAAGGAAAAUGAAGUUAUGGGAAACAGAUCAUGUACUUUAAGGGAAUCUGAUAUACCAGGUCAGAAACCAAACCACAGUCAAAUGGACUGUAAGUCUGAAGUCUUUAUUGUCAGCACGUCAGAUAUAGAGUUUGGUAACUUGUCUCAAUCUAUGUGUAGUGAUGAAGAAAAGAAGGAAACUAUCAAAGAUGAUGAAGAAGACAAUGAAGAACACUUAGAAGAUGGUGAAAUUCUUGAUUCUGAAGACCUUGAAAAGCUUGAUGCUGAAAAUAUUAUUAUUAGUGAACAUCCCGCUGACUGCUGUCCAGACUGUUGUUAUUCACAUUUCUCCUGUUGCAAUGGUGAUGAUGACUCCUUUUUAUGGCAAUAUUACCAACUAUUACGUUCAAAGAGCUAUUGGGUAGUUGAGAACAAGUACUUUGAAACAGUUGUAAUCACUAUGAUCAUGUUAAGUAGCCUUGCAUUGGCAUUGGAAGAUGUACACCUGAAAACCCAGCCUAUACUCAAAGAAGCUUUGGUCAUUAUUGAUAAAUUCUUUACAGUCAUCUUUCUUUUUGAAAUGUUACUUAAGUGGUUAGCAUUUGGUUUCAAAAAAUACUUUACUAAUGCUUGGUGCUGGCUGGAUUUUGUUAUAGUCUUGGUUUCUGUGAUCAAUCUUAUAGCUACAACAGCAGGGGUGGGAAAAAUCCAAGCCUUCAAGACUAUGCGAACUCUGCGUGCUCUGCGACCUUUGAGAGCUCUUUCACGCUCUCAAGGAAUGAGGAUGGUUUUUAUUUGAUCAGAAGCAUAGUUUUACUUUGAGCAAAGUUUUUGCAUCUGAAAUACUGUACUCAACUUUUCAUGUUAUGGGAUAAGGUAAGCAUUUUCAUUUGGUUUUAAGUAGGCCAUUGGUACUUCUUAUACAUAUGUGAGGUAAGCCAACUUGCUACUUUUGUGCUGUUCUGUGUUGCAUGACUGUGGAAGUUGCAUGUAGUUUUAGGUAAUAGCCAUAGAAACAUAAAAUUAGUAACAGCUUAACCAAAAGUAAAUAUUUUUACAUAUCUGUAUUAUUUUUCUUUUCAAGAAUGACAAAUAUUAACUUAAAACAAACCAGCUGUACAUGUUGGAGAAAGCUUCUCUGGGUAUAUGUAAACACACAUUGUAUCAAGGCAAAUUAAACAGAAAUAACAAAUAAAGACUUAAUUUAAAAUAAAUAUAAUUUGUUAAUUUAUUAAUUAUAGUAAUUAUAAUUGUACAUAGAGAUACUAAUUCUAGGAAUGUAAAAUUGUGGAAGCAACUGUUUAAUUUAUUUUUGUGCUUCUAUAAUUUUAAUUACUAUAUUUAAGUUUAUAUUUUCAGGUAAGCUUUCAUUAUUUUAUAUUAAAUCAUUAUUUGUUACUUGGAUUUAAUUUACCUUCAUACAGUGACAGCUGUUUUAGCAAGCAAAGAGUAAAUUGUUGAAGGAAAUCCAUUUCUGAACAAAGUUUUUUCACUUAGUUCCCUAUAAAAACUAAUUUUGAAUGAUUUUACAGUUGAUAAAGGAAAUAAAUCUACAAAGUGCAUGCAAGUUUACAUAUUAAAUUUGGUGAUUAUUUUGAAAUGAAACUUGGCUAUUUUUUAGUAUUAUUUAAGAUGGUGCAAUAAAAUCAAAGUAUCAGGAAUCUAUGAUUUUUUAAAUAAAAAUGUUAAUUAUCAAUUAUUAAAGCUAAAUCAUUGCUUUUUUCACUUGCAAUAAAUAAAUUUGCAGCCUUCAUUCUGCUUUGAUUUAUACUGAAACAGAUCCUCUCACUUUAGUUGUUGAACACAUGAAAUUUGUGAUCGAAACAAAUCAUAGAACCAAUGAUAGUCUCAAGAUGUCUCACAGAAGUAUCUUAUAAAUCCAUGUUCUUCAAGUGAGGUCAUAUAAGUUGAUUUUAGACGUGAGUGAAAGAAUAUGGAGUAGCAUAGGUACAUUUAUUUUUCAUUAAUACCAUUUAUUGUAAAUACUGCUUAGGAACAAGUCACAUGGGGAUCAUGGGAUUUUCUUUAAAUGUUGUGACCCUGUAUGCUUUUUACCAACUGUUAUGUGUCUUAGGUUACAGUACAAUAUGAGAUUAAAAUAUUAAGGCCUCUUUCCUUUGCAGUUACUUAUUUAGUAUUCAUCUGAUGAAUUAGCUUGCAAGUAAAGUUUAUUUGUAUUGCUACAUGUGAUAUAGUAUUUCAUCAAUAUUUAUAUUUAAAACACAUAUAAGUAUAUGUAAAAUAUUUGCAAUUUGUCCACAAAUAAUGUGUUUGUGGUGACAAAUAUAAUAAUUGUUUGACCUCUAGUUCACUUUGUUUAACUUAUGUGGUUGCUGUGGUAUUAUGCUUCCCUAUAUGACACCAUAUUUAUGAGAUAGUUAAAGCUAAGUUACUAUUAUAUACAGCAUGAAAAACCAUCUUUUGCAGGAAUUAAUUGACUCUUAUUUUAAAUUAAGUUUCUCAUUGAUACUUUUGUGUUGUUUUACAGUCCAAUAUGAAUACAUAGCCUCAUUUUGUUUUCAUGCUUAAUUAAAUUCAGUUAAAAUUUUAGAAUUUUUAUGUACGUAACCUGUUUUAAAAACAUAUACAAGAAUAUUUCAAAAUACAAAAAUAUUAACAGCUGAGGAAAAACCCUUAUCUAAGAAAUGAGCUUGUUUCCUCUAUUGGAAAAUAUAUUUGACACAGAUUUGCUACAUGCCAAAAUGUUUUUGGUAAUAAGUUAGAAAUUGAUCAAAGCUGUUUUAUAGUUUAUUUUUAAAUAAGUUUCCUUUGAAAGCUAAAACUGAGUAAACUGUACCCAGUGUGUCAUCACAAUGUACUAUUAACAGAAAUUUCAGACUAUAGAUGUAAGCAAAUUGUAUGCCAUUCAGUUUUGAAAUUCCUGAAACAGUAAUUUUGUGUAUUUAUAGCUUGCAAAGACAAAGAAUGAAGCUAUUGUUUAAGAGAUGCUAAAUGAGUUUCCGGAUUUAAUCUUUUGGUCUUUGUUGAAAGUUGCAGCUCUAAAACGUUUAGCUUUAUUUAAAAUACUUUGUACCUUUUAUAGCCAUAGCACAGAACUUAAUCUAGCUUUAGCCAAAUUUUGAUUUUAAUUGUAUGUGGCAAGACUUCCAAUAUGCUAGCACUAAUAUACCACAUUAUUGGCCUGUUUUAAGAACUGCUUGCUACUAUCAACUAGUAUCUAAAACUAUCAGUGAAAUUACUGUUCAUCAAGUUCUAGUUUCUCUAAAUACAACCUUUCUUUUCCGUUAAAAGUUUCUCCCUGGUAAGGCCUGAACUCUUUUUUUUUCCCUCUUUUUUUAAAACUCUUCUCCUGCAUGUGAUAUAGCUUGUAUAUGUACAAAAUUAAAUGGUUAAUAAAGUGGUUCAAGUCCAUUUAAAAACAAUUUAGCAGUUAACUAGUGUUAAUUUCUCAGUUGGUUUCUAUUGCUAUUUUAUGCAUGAAUGGGAUAUUAUGAUUGAUGUACUAUAAACUUUUUUUUAUAAGCACAUAUUUUUAUCUUUGUCUUUGUUUGACUUGACUUCUAACUAUGUUAUUGCUCAUUUGCAUUUGUUUAAAACGUUCAUGGUACUAAAUUUAAAUACAUAGUACAUGAUUUGAUCUCUUUAUUGAUCAUGUAAUUCAAAAUAUGUUUGGAAGUUUCUAAAGCUCCAUAUUUAAUAUAUUAUUUUGUAAUUGAUUGUAAAUCCUGUAGAAAAUUUUCUAAAAUUUGUGGUAAGAAUUGUUGAUGGACAUUCAGUUAUGUAUACAAGCAUUAGAAAUGUAGUAUAUAUAAGAGAAAAUGUGUGGCUUGUAAAGUGUCAUACAGUUCUAUGCUGUAUCUGUAUUAAAUUUGUAUUUCAUAAAAACUACUUUGAAGCUUUAUGUAUUUAAGAUUUAUUGGCCAUGUUCUUUUCAUACUGCCUAUUAGCUUUCAGUGUUCCUUACUUUAUACUUUGAAUUUUUGAUUCAGUUAUUGUAUUUCAUUGUAAUAUAUUUUAUUAAACUGCUAAAAAGUAUAGUAAUCACUAAUAAAGCAGGAGUGAAUCUUUCUUCUGAAAUAAAAACUUUCAACCAGAAUGCAUAAAAAUAUUUACUAUACUGAAUUUUUAAUGAACAUUCAACAUUUUUUAACAUUAGAUCUUUAGAAGAACAAGUUUUGUUCUAUGUUUAAUGUGUUUUGUGUAAUUGGUUUCCAAUUAAAGAAAAUUGCAUAAAUAUAU